AUGAACUUGGAGCUGAAGAGUCCUGCAGCCCCCAGCGCCAGUGCCCAGGGCCACAGCAACUCCGCCUUCCAGGAUGAAGAGUUUCUUGAAAACCAAAAUAUAUCAGAAAACGGCUCAAUAAACAAUAGAGUUGUACAAAGCAGGAAACAAGGAAGUUCCAAGCAGGGUCACAAUCAGAUCAUGAUUGAGCAGGAUUCUCCAGGAAACAAAGAAGAUACAGAAGAUGACCAAGACACACAUCAAAAAGGGUAUUUGGAAAGGAAGUAUGAUACAGUUUGUAAUUUUUAUAGAAAACAUAAAACCAUUCUUCGAAACAUCAUCUGGGGCAUUUUAUUAACUGGUUUCCUGAUUCUGGUGACUGCAGCCUGUGUGUUAAACUUUCGAAGAGCCCUCCCUCUUUUUGUGAUCACCGUGGCUACCAUCUUCUUUGUUGUCUGGGAUCACUUGAUUGCCAAAUAUAAACAUCGAAUUGGUGAGGUCUUGUCUCCAGGCAGAAGGCUUCUCAGCAGUCAUUGGUUUUGGCUAAAGUGGCUGAUCUGGAGCAUGUUCAUCCUGGGAGCUAUUUUAUGGCUAGCCCUCGACACUGCCAAGUUGGGUAAACUGCAGCUGGUGUCAUUUGGUGGGCUCAUAAUGUACAUUAUCCUGCUAUUUCUGUUUUCCAAGCACCCAACCAAAGUUUACUGGAGACCUGUCUUCUGGGGAAUUGGAUUACAAUUUCUUCUUGGGCUCUUAAUUCUAAGAACUACACCUGGAUUUAUUGUUUUUGAUUGGUUGGGCAAACAAGUUCAGACUUUUCUGGGGUACACUGAUGCUGGAGCUAUUUUUGUCUUCGGUGAAAAAUACACAAACCACUUCUUUGCAUUUAAGGUCCUUCCCAUCGUGGUUUUCUUCAGCACGGUGAUGUCCAUGCUCUACUACCUGGGACUGAUGCAGUGGAUCAUCAGAAAGGUUGGAUGGCUCAUGCUUGUUACCAUGGGGUCAUCUCCUAUUGAGUCUGUAGUUGCUGCUGGAAAUAUAUUUAUUGGACAAACAGAAUCUCCACUGCUGGUCAGACCAUACUUGCCACAUGUCACCAGGUCAGAACUCCAUGCCAUCAUGACAGCUGGCUUCUCUACAAUUGCUGGAAGUGUUCUAGGUGCUUACAUUUCUUUUGGGGUCUCAUCCACCCACUUGUUAACAGCCUCAGUCAUGUCAGCACCUGCAUCCCUGGCUGUGGCCAAACUCUUUUGGCCAGAAACAGAGAAACCCAAGGUAACCCUCAAGAGUGCCAUGAAAAUGGAAAAUGGUGAUUCCAGGAAUCUCCUAGAAGCUGUGACACAGGGAGCAUCCUCUUCCAUCCCUCUGGUGGCAAACAUUGCUGUGAACCUGAUCGCCUUCCUGGCCCUGCUGUCCUUCAUGAACUCAGCUCUGGCCUGGUUUGGAAGCAUGGUGGACUACCCACAGCUCAGUUUUGAGCUCAUAUGCUCGUAUAUCUUCAUGCCCUUCUCCUUCAUGAUGGGAGUAGACUGGCAAGACAGCUUUAUGGUCGCCAAACUCAUAGGUUAUAAGACAUUCUUCAAUGAAUUUGUUGCUUAUGAACACCUCUCAAAAUUAAUCAACUUGAGGAAAGAGGCUGGACCAAAAUUUGUGAAUGGUGUGCAGCAAUAUAUGUCGAUUCGUUCUGAGACCAUUGCGACUUAUGCCCUCUGUGGUUUUGCCAAUUUUGGUUCCCUAGGAAUAGUGAUCAGCGGACUUACAUCCAUGGCUCCUUCUAGAAAGCGUGACAUUGCCUCCGGAGCAAUGAGAGCCCUGAUUGCAGGGACCACUGCCUGCUUCAUGACAGCCUGUAUUGCAGGCAUGCUCUCUAGCACCCUGGUGGACAUUGGCUGCCAUCAUAUUCUAGAGAAUACCUUUAACUCCACUGCAUUCAGCAACACAAGCAGAGUGGUAUCUUGCUGCCAAAGUCUACUGAGCAGCACUGUUGUCAAGGGGCCUAAUGAGGUCAUCCCAGGAGAAAACUACAGCCUGCAUGCUUUGAAGGAUUGCUGCAAAUUGUUGAAUCCAUCAACACUUAACUGCAGUUGGAUCCCUAAUACAUUAUGA